AUGCCACAGCUUUUCCCACCUACCAGCAGUAGCAGCCAUGCGCUCCAGCAAGACGUGCCCGACCCUCGACGCGACCCUCACAAAUUCGACCCCUCAAGGAAACGUUCUUCUUCUGUUCUUCGAACUCUGCAUAAAAUUGGCGGUUGGCUGAGGAGGGACGAAGUCGAUCCUGCUUUGCCUGAUAACCCGUCACACCAGGAUCCCCAACCUUUGAAUGAACACCUUGAGUCAACGCAGGAAUCAGGAAAUAAUGGCUCAGUCCAACAGGAAACAGUGCUGGCACCAUCAAGGUCGCGGGGAAAUAGCUUGCUCGGCCGUACCUUGUCCAAGUCUAAGAAGGUGAUUCCCGAACUAUCACGACAAUUCACAACCAAAAGGCAGAGUUCCGAAAAAAGGGAAAGACUAUUAGCAAUCGAACCCAGUGCAACAGAAAGAAGAGCGGUGAGCGCCGAACGGCGACCUCGAGCAAUGAGUCCUGGACGCUGUCAAUCUCCUCUAUCAGCUACAUCGCCAUCUCGCUCACCACCAGAUAUUAGUACCCCAGGACAUAUGCGCUUGCCAUUUGCCGACACCCAUGCAGAAAGCUACUUUGAUACUGGAGCUCUCGCGCUCGAGAAUGUCCAGAAUGAUCAACCAUUCAAGCCUUCUCUUCUCAAUGACAUACCGCCUAUGUUGGAAGAGGCUGGGAAGCCCGAGUUUCUGGAUGACCGUGAUCUGCAGGCUGAACUCGAGUCGACGUGGAUCCUCAACUUGAGCAUGCACUUCCGAGACAAAUCCGACCGUGAAAAGUUCUUUGUUACCUACGCCCAACAACCAAACCGCUGGUGCAGGGUGACCAUUUCUUGUGACUACAGAGAUGCACCGCCAUCAUCUCUCGAAUCGGACCUCAAGUCUCUCAAGUUUCAACGAGACAAAAACCAGCGUAUAUACGAAGCUAUCAGGGAGUCUUUGCCAGACAUAGAAUUCUACGACACUGUUACUAAUCUGAAGCUUGAGACGGAGGAUGGGCAGUUGCAUGUUCAUGUCACAGAGGACAUCAACGAAACAAUUCCUUAUCCAUCAGUCGACUUUGUCGAAGAAGGCUGUCGCUUGUACCGCGAGAGCGAACUCGACUUUCAAUCACACCUCUCCGGGUUUGUUUACAAGGUCAGAGCCGGCAAUCAAGUCUUGAUCAAAAAGGAGAUACCAGGUCCAGAUACGAUUGAUGAGUUUCUAUAUGAGAUUGAGGUACUGAAUGAACUUCGAGGGUCGAAGAACGUAAUUGACUUCCAUGGCUUGGUGGUGGACGAUGAUGAGAGGAUUAUCAAAGGAUUACUGAUUUCUUUCGCGUCGCUUGGUGCUCUUGUGGAUGUCAUUUACGAUGACAAGCUGAGCAGCUCGCUGUCAUGGCAUCGUCGCGAAAGAUGGGCAUACCAGAUUGUCCAAGGCCUCUCUGAGAUCCACGAAGCUGGAUUUGUUCAAGGCGACUUUACUUUGUCCAACAUUGUCAUUGACUCCGAGGACGAUGCCAAAAUUAUCGACAUCAACCGUCGUGGCUGUCCAAUUGGUUGGGAGCCGCCAGAGCUUCUUCGUCUUGUGCGAAGAGGGCAGAAGAUAAGCAUGUUCAUCAACGUGAAGAGCGAUAUUUUCCAGCUCGGUAUGGUUCUUUGGGCAUUGGCACAGCAAGAUGAUGAACCUGAACAUGUUGAAAGAACAAGUUCUGGAGCGAUGCCUUGUAUAACAGCACAGGAUGUGCCAAAUUGGUUCGAGGACAUCAUCGACGCUUGCUUGAACAAUCAGCCACGAGGCCGACCGAGCGCGAAAGAGCUCCUGACAAUGUUCCCG